UUUCCCCGUGCCGUGCGGAGAAGUUGGUUGAGUUCGAGCUCGAUUUGGAAUUGUUACGAUACAAAACGGAUACAAAUUUACAGAUUCCGAUGAGCAGUGUAGGAGACGCACUUUGGAUACAUGAGGAAGACCUACGAGUGUUGUUCAUGCGUGUUUCAGAAUAAGGUAACACCCACAUUUGUGCAGUACCGGCGGUGUGUAUCAGGCAGAGGGAGAUGUGUUGGAGCGGUGUGACCAUACUCAGCCUACUGCUUCUCCUACUGCCUCAUCAUGAUGCCAUCAGUUUCCCAGAGGACACAGUCGCUCUCGACAGUGUGGACAGACACUAUUCUCGGCAGUAUCCGGUUUUCCGGGGCCGGCCCUCCGGGAAUGAAUCACAGCACCGUUUGGACUUCCAGCUGAUGAACAAGAUCCAGGACACACUCUUCAUAGCUGGCAGGGACCAGGUCUACUUAGUGAGUCUGAGAGAGUCUUAUAGGAACGAGAUCAUCCCCUACAGGAAGCUAACGUGGAGGUCGGGUCAAGCAGACCGGGAAACGUGUGCCAUGAAGGGCAAACACAGAGAUGAGUGCCAUAAUUUUAUCAAAGUUUUGGUUCCCAGAAAUGACGAUCUUGUGUUCAUCUGUGGUACCAAUGGAUUCAAUCCAAUGUGUCGCUACUAUAGGCUGGAUAAUCUGGAGUUUGAUGGGGAGGAGAUCAGUGGGUUGGCACGUUGCCCGUUUGAUGCCAAGCAGACCAAUGUUGCCAUCUUUGCGGAUAGUAAACUAUACUCGGCUACAGUAGCAGACUUCCUUGCCAGUGAUGCAGUUAUCUACCGUAGCAUGGGAGAUGGUUCUGCCCUCCGAACCAUUAAAUAUGACUCCAAGUGGUUAAAAGAGCCACAUUUCCUGCAUGCAGUGGAUUAUGGGAGACACGUUUACUUCUUCUUCCGAGAGAUUGCAGCAGAACACAACAAUCUGGGCAAGGCAGUGUACUCGAGAGUGGCUCGGAUAUGUAAGAACGAUGUGGGCGGCUCGCAGCGGGUGCUGGAGAAACACUGGACGUCAUUUGUGAAGGCGAGGCUCAACUGCUCAGUGCCUGGCGAGUCCUUCUUCUACUUUGACGUCCUUCAGUCAGUCACAGACAUUAUCGACAUCAACGGGGUCCCAUCUGUGGUGGGCGUCUUUACCACCCAGUUCAACAGUAUCCCAGGUUCUGCAGUGUGCGCCUUCUCCAUGCCGGACAUUGAAAAGGCAUUCCGCGGGCGCUUUAAGGAACAGAAGACUGUGGAUUCUGUCUGGACUCCCUUCCCUGAGGAGAAGUUGCCCAAACCCAGACCGGGCUGCUGUGCAGGUCAUGGAUCAGCAGAAUCCUACAAAAGCUCCAUCGAGUUCCCGGAUGAGACGCUGCAGUUCAUAAAGUUACAUCCUCUCAUGGAUGCAGCCGUGCCUUCCACUGGGGACGAACCGUGGUUCACAAAGACAAGAGUACGGUACAGAUUGACAGCAUUGGCUGUGGACAAUGCAGCAGGCCCCUUUAAGAACUACACUGUGGUUUUCAUUGGCUCAGAGGCUGGCAUUGUUCUGAAGGUGCUGGCGAAAACAACGGCACUGUCCCUCAAUGAGAGUGUCCUGCUGGAGGAGAUUGAUGUCUUUAACCAGGCCAAGUGUAUAUCGAGUAAUGAGGAUGACAGGCGCAUUUUGUCCUUCCAUCUGGACAAAGACACACAUACACUGUUUGUGGCUUUCUCUAGUUGUGUAGUCCGAAUCCCCUCGAGUCGCUGCGAGAGACACCGUUCCUGCCACAAGUCAUGCAUAGCGUCCAGAGAUCCAUAUUGCGGGUGGAUGCCUCACGGAGCCUGUGAAAGGAUACCAGCAGACGAGCAGACUGGUUUUGAGCAAGAUGUUGAGUAUGGUAACACGGCAGGACUCGGUGACUGUCAUGAGUUUUUGACUACUGCUUCAGCACCAGAUUUCAAAUCAUAUGGCGACCCAACUUCUGACAUGAAGUUACCCACACCGUCACUCACGUCAUCCACUGCCUCAGGCCCUGUACAAUCACCUAAAACCGUUCCCUCACUGCCUCCCCAACUCUUUGGCUCACGGAAAUUUGUUCUCCAAGAUGAUCUCAGCAUUUCGCGAUCAAUUGACUCGGUCCCAGGGGUGCUGGAGGGUGUUUGGGAGAUCCAGUCGGGUGAGUCCAAUCAGUUAGUACACAUGAACAUCCUCAUCACGUGUGUUUUUGCUGCCUUCCUCCUUGGGGCGCUUGUUGCUGGCAUGGUGGUGUACUGCUACCGUGAUGCCUUCCUACGUAAACCACGCAAGAUCCACAAGGAUGCUGAGUCAGCACCAUCCUGUACAGACUCCACAGGGAGCUUUACCAAGUUGAAUGGCCUGUUCGAAAGCCCUGUGAAGGAGUUCCACCAUGCAAUGGACACACCCAAGCUGUACUCUGGCCUGCUCAAUACAGGGAAGGAUAUGUUGCCAUCACCAGACACCAAGACCAUGAUUCUCAGUGGGCAGAACCCAGAGCUAGCAGCGCUACCCACUCCUGAGUCAACACCUGUGUUGCAGCAGAAGACCCUGCAGCCAGUCAAGAGCCAAUGGGAGAGGACCCAGGGCAAACUGUGCAUACCCCGCAAGGAUGGCCCACCCAAGAGCCCACAGUACCUCCCCUCAAGCCCUCCUCCACACCCAGCUAUCGGAAACCCCCACAUACCAAGUGCGGUGGUGCUUCCCAAUGCCACACACGAGCACCGCACACCGAGUCCUGAUGGAUCUCGGUUAGAGAAAAGGGUUCAUAACAGCGAAGAGUCGGGCACCAAGUCCAGUCGCAAAGAGCACCACCGUUCAGUGGAUGCCAGGAACACACUGAAUGACCUCCUGAAGCACCUUAACGAGAGCAGCAGCAACACCAAGGCCAUCAUUGUGGAUCCUCCUCACAGUCGGCAGCACCUGAUGUUGGAGCCCAUGGGCAACAUGGCAGAGAUCCCACCCAAGGUCCCAAGCCGGGAGGCGUCGCUCUACUCACCCUCGUCCUCAUUGCCCAGAAAUAGUCCCACCAAGCGUGUGGAUGUACCCUCCACGCCCACGUCACCUACAGGGCAGACAGGGACCCUGGAAAGGCAGAGGUACCAUCGCAGCUCUUCCCAGCGACAUUCUCUGUCUUCUCCACCCAAAGGGCUCCAUUCACCCAGUGGGGUGAUGGUGACCCGCCAGCCCAGUUUCAACAGGGGCGGAUACAUACCACCCACCCCGCCUUCCAGACUGGACUCCCACGGGGUACCGGUGGGUGUGACACCCUCCAUCUCCCGGCAGAGCAGCUACAGUGGGCAUGGCUCGCUUCCCCGGACCUCUGUCAAACGGACAGCCUCAUUAAAACCCGAUGUGCCCCCAAAACCCAGCAGCUUUGUGCCACAGACACCUCAGAUGAGAGCAGUGAACAAAUACAGCUACUGACAAGCCCUUUGUGGGCUACUUAUAUCCUGUGAAAAGGACCGUAGGAGUAAAAGGCUUUCUGGCUAAGCAAAAGGGUCCAACUGUGUCUAAAUGCCCUCUCGCUGUGCAUUCAGAAGAGAGCACAGCAGAGCCACAUCAUGUCACCUGUGUCCCACUACUUUGUAGUUUAUAUCAAGUUAAAUAUGAGUCUCUGGCCUUCCAGGCGGCAGGGACGCCUAAGGUCAGAGGGCACAGGUGCCACAGCUGAUUCGGGUGGCAGGGACCGUUGAUGGAAUACUUGAAAAAUUGCCUCGCCCUCCUCCCUGCCACCCUGCAGAGUCCUGUUCUUCAGUGAACAGGGCAGAAAUGGACAGAGGGUUGGACGUGGGCAUUUGGCUGUUUUGAAGAGGAUGAAAGGGCAGAGUGUGACAACAUGGUACGACAUGAUUUUGGCUGUGUUUAGGCGAAGAGAAGGCAGCAGGAUGGAGAGGUAGCAUUUUUCAUUUUCUUUUUCAGAGGACAGCCCUCUGGGGUGAACCAGUCUACAUUCAGUCAUCACAAAAAGGGAUGCACUUAACCACUGGCUUCUCCCCAGCUCCAGUCAUUUGUGUUGUAAAACUGAAUCCCAUUUUGGGGUAUGUUAACAUCAUGUGUGUGUGUAUAUUUGUGGAGGUGUAGAGAGCCAACUAUUAAUCAGCCAUUUCUGUGUGCAGAGGAGAUUUCCGGUGCCUACUUGGGUAACUUUUUUUUUAAAACUCACUGGGGAAAAUUAUAACACUUUUUGCUGCUACUGGGUUAGACGAAAAUGUUACAUAGUGUGUUUUUGAUGCCUGUGCAUUGAUCAGUUCAGCCCUAACCUCCUGGACAGUGUUGGUAGGCUUGGUCCUUCGUGUGUUUUGCUGCAGAACAUGAGGCUCAGUACUUGUUGUGUCCAGUAGAGCACUUUGUUUGCUCCUGUUUGGGAGAGACAGAAACACGGCAAAGCCUGUAGAUUCAUCAUGAAUGACAAACCUACUGCCACAAGUCCUGUAAUGACCCCCGACUACACACUCUCUCCCACUCCCUCUCUCCUUUGCUUCACAAAACACCCCCACCCCACCCAGAAACUGCUCUAGUCAUUGCUGGACCCAUUCUACAUUUUUUUCUUCUCUGAAUAAGGCAUUAUUAUCAAGUGGGUCCAAAGCCUUCAGUACAGGCCAAACGUGUUCACAAUAUGUCUAAAUUUCUUGAGAAACAUUAGAGAGCUCAUAGAUCGGUGGAUGGAUCAGGAUCUACACGCCUGUGGCUCAGACCUGUCAUUUGGCCAUUAAAUCUAUAAUCAUAAUCAGUCAUUGUAAGAUGUACCAAUGUCUCCUAAAGAGUCAUGCUGGUAAUGACAUUAUUGUAAAUAUAUAAAUAUAUGAACAUGGAUAUUUCAGAGGCAAGUGUACCUCGAUUUGUGUAUUUUGUGCCUUAUUAAAAGCCUCACCAUGGUUGAAAUUUUUAUUUGGUUUAGGAAUCAUGUCAUUGCACCCAUUUAACCACAUGAUAAUUACUUACGGGCUGAAUAAAAUUAAACUAGAAGAAAAGAAAUGGGAGAGUAAAGGGAAAAGAAAUGGGAGACACUAAGAAAACCAAAAUAAAUUUUUGCAUUUGCAAAUUACUAUAAAAAGUCCCACCAGCCCCCUGGUUUUUGGUAAGGUGUCACAUUCGACAAUGUAUUCAGACACUGGGAUGUAAACAUCAACUUUUUGUACAAUUUAAUUCUACAGACCUAUCCCUUUGACACAAAUUUAAAACAUAGACAGACAUUGCUGCUUUCAACUGUAAAUUGGGUAUUUGGCAAAUGUGGUUCACUUUCUGAAGAAAGUAAUAUAAAAUCUUAACAGCUUAUUUGUCAGCCUCUUGGGGAAGGCAUGCAGCGAAUUGGAAGCUGUCCUUCUGUUUACAUGUGAUGAUUGUAUUUUAAAUAGCUGCCCAUGCACUGAGCUACUGGUCCCAUGGCAAGGGGCAAGGUGUGCUCCGACAUGUCUGCUGAGGCCGAACCUGCUCUACUGCUUUGUAUAUUGCAAUAUUAUCUUUGUUUGGUUUUUUUCUGUUGCAUUCUGAAAUGAAGCCUCCACAUUUCAGCCAGUUGUUUUAUGUGCAAAGAGAAGCCUACCUAUCUACCUAGGUUUUUUAUAUACUGUGUAAAACUGGGCAGUUUGAACUCCAGUUGUUUUGUUUUCCAGAGUAUUUUAAUGUGUAGAUAUGUUGCAAAACUGUACUGUGAAACUGUAAAUACUACCAUCAUCCUUAAGGAUAUUUUUGUUGAUUUUUUAACACAGCAUGUAUAGUUGAAAUAAAAUAUUACUGCACAGAAAA